GUUCAUUCACUAGUAAUAAGACGAGUGAUGAACAUCCGUGGCGCACUGACGCACCGAGUUCAGCAUCAAAACAAGCUCUGAGCCGCUCUCACACAGCGGAGUGACCAUUGUGGAGUACAGUACCCUGGAAGGAGAGGACGCCUACUGACAGAAAGACGCACGGCUGUGGAUUUAGGUCUUCCCUCACCUUUGGAUAACUUGGAGAUUGGAAACGCUUUCCUCUGGACGCUUUUGACGCACGGGCAACGAGGAGCUACUGGGAACUCCCAGGGAGUGGAGGAUUUAUGUGUGUUUUCAGAGAUUUGAUUUUCCGUUUGUUUCUCCUCGGAGUGAAUACUUCGGAAUAAGAAGGUUUUACUGCCUUAUUGGUUGGUGACGCGGCUGCCCUGGAGAAUCGAGAAGGAUGGCAGCCUGGUUCACCUUUACCAUCGCCUUCAGCACCACGUUGUUAUCACAGGUAUUCGGAUCCGGAGUUUUUGAGCUUGAUCUGCACGAAUUUAAAAACCACAGAGGGCUGCUCGCGAACGGAAACGCGUGCAAACCCAACUGCAGGACUUAUUUCAGAAUUUGCUUGAAGAACUAUCAGGCCGUGGUGUCUCCAGGUGACUGCAUCUUUGGGAGUACAGUGACACCGGUGCUGGGGACAAACUCUUUCAGCGCCAGGGACAGCGGCGCUUUUCCCAGACCGAUCCAGAUCCCCUUCAACUUUGGCUGGCCGGGGUCAUUUUCGUUAAUAAUUGAAGCCUGGCAUUCACCUUAUGGAAAUCUACCUGUAGACACCAACAACCCAGACUUUCUGAUCAGCUCUUUUGCCAUCCAACGGCAGCUGGGCGUAGGAGCCGAGUGGUCUCAGUUCACGCAAAACGAAAACCAGACGGAGCUGAAGUAUUCCUACAGGUUCAUCUGCAACGAAAGCUACUACGGGGAAAGUUGUUCCAAAAAGUGCACGCCGAGGGACGACCGAUUUGGCCACUACACCUGCACCCGAGAUGGGCAGCUGUCCUGUCUGCCCGGCUGGAAGGGGAAAUACUGUGAAGAACCUAUCUGUCUGGAGGGCUGCAGCGAGAGGAAUGGAAACUGCUCCAAACCCGGCGAGUGUGUGUGCAGAGAUGGUUGGCAGGGCACGUUCUGCGACGAGUGUAAGAAGUACCCGGCCUGCAAGCACGGCACCUGCCAGCUGCCGUGGCAGUGCAACUGCCAGGAGGGCUGGGGAGGCCUAUUAUGUGACCAAGACUUGAACUUCUGCACCCAUCACCACCCCUGUGUGAACGGCGCCACCUGCAUGAACACGGGCCAGGGAAGUUACACCUGCACCUGCCUGCCAGGCUUCACCGGGGUCAACUGCGAGCUGGAGAUGCAGGAGUGCGACAGCAACCCGUGCAGGAAUGGAGGGAUCUGCACAAAUCUGGAGAGUGGCUACAAGUGCACAUGCCCCCCAAAUUUUGAGGGCUCCCACUGCGAGCACAGCCUGCUGACGUGCGCCGACUACCCCUGCUUUCACAGCGGCAAGUGCUGGGAGAAGGACAAUGGCCGCAGCUACAUGUGCGAGUGUCCCCGCGGCUUCACCGGACUCAACUGCGAGAAGAGAGUGGACAAGUGCACGUCGCUUCCCUGCGCUAAUGGCGGUCUGUGUCUGAUCCACGGCGGCGUGCGCAUGUGCAGCUGCCGCGCGGGGUUCACCGGCCAGCGCUGCGAGAUCAACAUCAACGAAUGCGCCGGGAACCCGUGCCUCAACAGCGGCACCUGCCAGGACCGGAUCAACGACUACACCUGCGUCUGUCCCGCCGGAUACGGCGGCCGCAACUGCGACAAAAUCCUGGACGAGUGUUCCCUCCGGCCGUGCCUCAACGGCGGCCUCUGCACCGGCGGUGGCGGGCCGGGCAAGCCCCCGGCGACCUGCGACUGCCCGUCGGGCUUCAACGGACCUCGGUGUGAAUUCUUCGCCGCCGUCACGCCGAACGGAGAGAGUCAAGACGGCUUCCAGUGGGCGGCGAUCUCGCUGGCGGUGGGGCUGGUGGCGCUGUUGGUGCUCCUGUGCAUGGUGGGCCUGGCCUUGAGGCACAUCCACAGGCACGCCCAACGGCAGAGGGGAGAAACAGAGACUAUGAACAACCUGUCCAGCGUGCAGAGGGAUAACCUGAUCCCCGCGUCGCAGCUGAAGAACACCAACCAGAAAGUCAGCCUGGAAGUAGACUGUGACUCAGAGAAAUCGAACUUUAUCCACAGGAACUAUCACUUGGACUCAUACAGCUCAAAAUCAAAAGAGUUCAAGGAUGAAAAGUCGCAAGAGGAUAAAAGUCUUAUUUAUGACAAGUGUUUAGAAGAUAAAAUGCCCUUGAGUAGAAUGUACAGUGAAAAGCCAGAGUGUAGGAUAUCCACGAUAUGUUCCUCAAGAGACUCCAUGUACCAGUCGGUAUUUGUAAUAGCAGAGGAGAGGAGAGAAUGCGUCAUAGCAACUGAGGUAUAAACUGUGAGGGGUCAAGAAGGCCAGGAAGAUUGAGGAAAAAAGACACAAUCAUGGCAGAAUAUAAUAUUCUGGAGUGUUUACAAAUGCUGAGAAGAGACUUGAGAUCAUUUUAGAUGUUCACUGCUGCUCUGGGACACUUGAGAACUGGAGAGGGCAGAAAAACCUCUGCUCUACAAAGACACAAAAAAAAAAAAAAAAAACACACGACAAAACGAGAACAGAACUGAGAAACUUUAUGCGUCGACCGAGUGUUUGUAUGCACAACAUGUACAGUGAAGGACCUCUCUCGGCCGUGACAGUGGGACUGGCAGACGGACCGUCUCCACGAGGUGCGAGAAGCCCGCAGAGCAUCGGUGGAAUGAAAAUUCAAAAAAAUCUCAGCCAUCCUGGACAGUGAACGGAGCUGAACGUGGAUCGUCGCCCCUCGUCGCCCCCGACCCGGCCUUGUUGUGAUAAUCAUGAAAACUUUGACAGCCAACCAAUCAGUAACAAAAAGGUGCCUAAGAUUUGACCAGCCCCCCCCCCCCCCCCCCCCCCCCCCCCCCCCCCCCCCCAACUCACUCCUGCCAGCUUCGCCUGCUAUGCAAGACUCAGGGUCGAGAUGAAUGAACUAACUCACCGUCACAAUCCAACCUCACCAACGCUGAAGAGUCUGAAUGUCUGAAAAAAAAAAAAAAGAUUCUUCAACUGUCAAUCACAUGGAAAAAGACCGGUUGGACGCGUCAAUGCAAGGGUGAAGAUUGUAUGCAGCCCAAAUUUCACUAGAAGCCUUAAAAGAGGGGGUUUGAAUGCUAAAUUUGUGCCCUUGUCUGUUCUUGGAUCAUUUGCACUACCAAAAAAAAAAAAGAGGAGAAGAAGAAAAAAAAAAAAAGAAAAACAGCAGGGAGAAUACUUUUUAAUCAUUGGGUAU